UGUGGACCACAGCUUGCUGCUGCAGCGGCCGAGGGGGGACGGACUAACACUGGCCGGGCACAGUCCCUCAGACACACACACACACCUCAUCAAUUUCUACAGCAUCAACACACACUCACUGCCGGGGGGAAGGAAUCAGGAGCCGGGUUGCUUCAGACGGUUUGAACCACUUCCAGAAGACAGACAGCGGCUGAGAUUAAAUCCUCACAGUGUGGAUUCAGACUUUGUCACUCCGUUGACUGCCCUGAUUGUGUCGUUGAAUCUGGACAGAAGGUUUUCAUCGUGACACAACUGACCAUGGACAGGAACAGGAAGUGGGUGCCAGGCUUUGCAGCCGUGCUAUUGACACUCUUGAGUCACACAACCUCAGCGCUGGAAGUGCCUCUUGAUCCUAAAGUACUGGAAGGAUUGCCCCAACCCCCCACUAUAACGCUACAGUCCCCAAAGGAUUACAUCUUUGAUCCGCGGGAGAACAUUGUCAUCCACUGCGAGGCCAAGGGGAAGCCUCAUCCCAGCUUUUCAUGGACAAGAAACGGGACCCACUUUGAUGUAGAGAAAGACUCCAAAGUGUUGAUGAAGCCUGGUUCAGGAACUCUGGUCAUUGACAUCAGCGGGGAAAAGGCUGAGGCCUAUGAGGGAACAUACCAGUGUACGGCACACAACGAGCACGGCACCGCUGUAUCCAACAACAUUGUCAUCAGACAGUCCAGGUCCCCCUUGUGGUCGAAGGAGAGAAACGAGGCCAUUGUGGUGCAGAUGGGGGUCUCCCUAGUGCUGCAGUGCCGACCCCCUGCAGGGCUGCCCCCUCCUGUCAUCUUCUGGAUGGAUAACAACUUCCAGAGGCUUCCGCUGGAUAAACGAGUGUCCCAGGCUCUUAAUGGAGAUUUGUACUUUUCCAACGUUCUGCCAGAAGACACCAGGAAUGACUACAUCUGCUAUGCUCGCUUCCCUCACACACAAACCAUCCAGCAGAAACAGCCCAUCUCAGUCACCGUGCUGGACAACAGCCCAGAUGGGGAGCGUCGCCCCAGUUUCAUGACGCCUCUGGGCAUCACCAGCACCAAGAUGGUUCUGAGAGGGGAGACUCUGGAGCUGGAAUGCAUUGCUGACGGCUUGCCCACUCCAGAGAUCUCCUGGCAGAAGGAUGGAGGAGGAGAGCUGCAGAGCAGCAGGAUGUCCUUUUAUAACUUCAAGAAAACGCUCAAGGUUUCUGACGUGAAUGAAGCUGAUGCUGGGGACUACCGCUGUACAGCCACAAACAAGCUGGGCACUGCACAACACAUCAUCAAGGUCGCUGUUAAAGCGGCUCCUUUCUGGGUCAGCGCUCCCAGGAACCUGAUCCUCGCCCCGAAUGAGACCGGCAUCCUGACUUGUCGAGUCAACGGAGAACCCAAACCCAAGAUUACCUGGUUUGUCAAUGGAGUCCCCAUAGAGAAUGCACCCGAGGACCACAGUCGGAAGGUGGAUGAUGACACCGUGAUUCUUAGCUAUGUGCAAACUGGGUCCAGUGCUGUCUACCAGUGUAAUGCAUCCAAUGAAUUUGGUUACCUUUUGGCAAACGCUUUUGUCAACGUACUUGCCGAGGCACCAAGGGUGCUUACUCCACCCAACCGAGUGUACCAGGUCAUCACCAACAACCCUGCGUUACUUCACUGUGCCUCCUUUGGCUCACCAAUACCAACCAUUACAUGGUUCAAAGACAGCCAGACCAGUGUUAAGAAUGGUGACCCUUAUGUAAUACAUGAGAAUGGUACAUUGGAGAUCCAUGUGGCCCAGCCACUACACAGUGGGAAGUACACCUGCAUUGCCUCCAACAACCUGGGGAUCAAGGAGAACCAUGUCUACCUGGAGGUUAAAGAGCCUACCCGUAUCCUAAAGCAGCCAGAGUACAAGGAUGUGCAGAGAGGAAUGAGCGCUGUGUUCGUGUGUAAAGUCAAACAUGACCCAUCCCUCAUUCCCACUGUGAUCUGGCUCAAAGACAAUGGAGAGCUGCCUGAUGAUGAGAGGUUUGAUGUGGACAUGGACAGUUUGACAAUCAGAGAUGUGACAGAUGAAGAUGAGGGCACCUACACCUGCAUCCAGAACACCACCCUGGACCAGGACUCAGCCAGUGCUAUGCUGACUGUCGUAGGGAACCCUGACCCUCCGACGGACCUGGAACUGACUGACCAGACAGAGAGGAGCGUUCAGCUCACCUGGACCCCCGGAGAUGAGCACAACAGUCCCACACAGAAGUUUCUGAUCCAAUAUGAGGAUCUGCUCCACCAGCCAGGAGUUUGGGUCAACCUGACGGAUGCUCCUGGUACUAGCACCACGGUGCAGUUAAGCCUCUCUCCUUACGUCUACUACUCCUUCAGAGUCCUGGCUCUGAAUGGCGUUGGCUACAGCCAGCCUAGCCAGCCGUCAAGCCAAUACAGGACCAACCCUUCAGCUCCUGAUGAAAAUCCAUCAGAUGUUCAGGGAGUAGGAACAAAGCCUGGCAACUUGGUCAUAUCCUGGACACCGCUGACAGGAUUUCUGGCUAAUGGGCCCGGUCUGGAGUACAAAGUGCAAUGGAGACAAAAGGACGUGGAUGAGGAUUGGUCCUCAAAGACUGUGGCCAACGUUUCCCAGUUUGUUGUCUCUGGAACUCCAACAUAUGUGCCCUACGAGAUCAAGGUUCAAGCUUUGAACGAUUAUGGCAGCGGCCCAGAGCCUGAAGUAGUGAUUGGAUACUCUGGAGAAGACUUGCCUUUGUCUGCUCCUGAUAGUGUGCAGGUCAUGGUUCACAACAGCACACUCGCGGAAGUACACUGGGAGCCUGUUUCUUUCCAAUCAGUUAGAGGAAAACUACAGGGAUACAAGGUAUACUUCCGACGCAUUCGUGGCUUGCAUGAGACAGAGGAGGACACAGAGCAGCAGGAGCAGGUUUUGACGUUCAGUGGGAAUCGUAGCGAGGGACGUCUGCCAGGCCUCCAGCCUUACAGCCUCUACAACCUCACCAUCAGGGUCCUUAAUAUCAAAGGAGAAGGGCCUCCUAGCCCCAGCAAGAAAUUUGAGACACCUGAGGGAGUCCCAGGGCCUCCUUCUUUUCUGAAUGUCGUAAACCCUGGUUUGGACUCUCUCACUCUGGAAUGGGGCCCACCAAUGAACAACAAUGGACGCCUCGCUGGAUACACACUAAAAUACCAACCAGUCAACAACACCAAUGAACUGGGGCCUGUCAAGGUAAUCAACUUCCUUGCCAACGAGACCACCAUUACCCUGAGCAACCUGAACUCUAGCAUGCUCUACAAGUUUUACAUGAGUGCAAAGACAAUAAAGGGCUCUGGCCCCAUCAUCACAGAGGAAGCCUUCACAGCCAUGGACACAAUGCCGCCUGUAGGCCCUGCGUUUGGCAAAGUUAACACGUCCAUGUUGGAGGACGGUGCAGUGAUCAGUUGGGAUUACUUUGGACAUCAUAAGAAUGUAUAUGUGGAAUAUGUUGUAGAAAACAGUAAAGAGGACUGGAAAAAGGAGUUGGUAAACGGUUCACACUGGCAUAUGAUAAAAGGUUUAAAGCCGGGGACAUCCUAUAAGGUGCGAGUGGUAGCUAGAGACCCAGCUGACCCGACGGUUCACAGCACAGACGAGGUGUUGGUUGCAGUGCCAGCUGUACCCAGUCGGCAGGUAGACAUUGCCACCCAGGGCUGGUUUAUUGGACUGAUGUGUGCCAUCGCUCUCCUCAUCUUGGUCCUUCUCAUAGUGUGCUUCAUCAAGAGGAACAAGGGUGGCAAAUACCCAGUGAAAGAGAAAGAAGAUGCUCACCAAGACCCAGAGAUCCAGCCUAUGAAGGAGGAUGAUGGUACAUUUGGAGAGUACAGGUCUAUGGAAAGUGACACAGAGGACCACAAGCCGCUGAAGGGCAGCCGGACACCAUCCAACGGGACGGUGCGCCGCGACGAGAGCGACGACAGCCUGGUGGACUACGGGGAGGGCGGGGACGGACAGUUCAAUGAGGACGGCUCCUUCAUCGGCCAGUACAGCGGCAAGAAAGAGAAAGACACGCACGAAGGCAACGAGAGUUCGGAGGCCCCGUCGCCUGUCAACGCCAUGAACUCGUUUGUCUAACGGAGGGCCCGUGGCAUGGCUGCGACGGUUUGCUGCGGCCACUCCUUGUCACCCUGGCAAAUGUGACCAUAUCUGUGGUGACAGUUGCUAAGGUGACAGUUGCUCGUGGACACCUAGUUUUACCAUGGUGGCUGUCACUCCGGUGGCCCCUCGCCAUGGCUACCUGUCACCAAGAGACUGCUGACACGCCCUCAUCUCCACAUCGCCAGCCCCUGUCACACUGUGACCUCCUCUGAUCUACACACACACACACGACAUGGCAAAGACCGACAUCCGCAUCCCCCAUAACCAAUGAAAGAAGGUGUGAAAGGAGGGAUGUGAGGACUCCGAGAAGAGGGAAGGAAAGAGGAAGCAAUAUAGAAAAGCAGAAGGAAUGUACUAGGGAGUUUUACCACUUAGACUGAGCAGAAGUGUGUGUGUUAGUGCCAUUUCAUCUCCUUUGCAAACAUUCAUAAACAUGAUGUAUCCAAAUAAUCCAAAUAUAUAUUUUAUCAAAGUACGGUACAUGACCCGCAGGCAGACAAAUAUGCAUUGAAUCACGUUAAUCACAUGCAUGGAGUAAAUUAUGAUUCUAUUCAGCAUUUUAUCACCCUCGUGUUGCAGAGGUGAGCUGUGGUUGAGGCUGUAUAUGGUGCACGACUGGGUAUUCCUCUUGUUUGUUGCCAGUCAAAGUGUUAAAUGGCGUAUGUUAUAUAGAGGAAACAAGUCCUGCAGGGUCUUUGUGGAUACUGCUGUGAAAUGUGUGGCUCAAAGUAGAGGCUAGCAUAUGUCUUGUUGAGACAGAUGAACUGUGUAUGUAAAAGAAUAAGAAGAAAGCUGUAUUUUAAGGCCAGGGUUGUCCAUUUGUAGUUAUUGGAAACCUUGGAAACACUUUGAACUCAGCGUUCGGUCACCAACCAGCCAACCAAAAGUCCCACAUUUAUAUCAAUCGACCUGUUUUUAGCCUCACGGUUUGUCAAGCUUGUUCUUUGCUUGUAUUUUUUUUUAUUUUUUUUUAUUUUUUUGCUCUGUUACUUUACACCAAGCUUAUGCUUCAGGCUACUGAGCACUAACUGAACACAGCUGUGAUUGAUCCACUGUCAUUGUCAAGUGCUUCCACCCCCCUGAAUCGUGGCCACUGUGCACGCCUUUCCUUUAGGUAAUCGUGGUAUUGUCAAAGCUACCCCAACAUUGUCUCCAAUAGCAUUUCCACCUAUGUAAUGUCAGAAAAAAAGAGAAAAAUAAUGCAGUUACAUACAAAAGAUGCACCUGAACAGGGUUAAGUGGUACCCACUUUUAGUUUCUGGAUGUUUAGAUUUUGAUGAUCAAGAACCUCUCAGCACGGUUUCUAGUGCCUUCGUAGAGAACAGUGACUUAGAUCCAUAGAGUUACAUCCCUCUUCAUACACAGGACAGACCUGGGAUCAGUGCAGUUCUUAAGAGUCCAUGAGUUCUUCGCAUACAGACUACCACCCCAUAUUACUCAAUAGACAACUUGGAAAAAUAAGCUCUGUUUUAGUAUGUGGUCCUAAGGGCGUGUUCAAACUAGGGCCUUUUAGUUUGAGCUCUAUAUUGUCACCAAGUCUUUUAAAACAGUUUGUGAAACAUCCAUGUGGGCUUAUUAACUUAAAAUACCCUCUUUGAGUCUCACUUUAGGGUCCAAGGUUCCUACACAGGACUGAAAGCUAUUUUAAAAAAAAUGACAUGGCAUUAGUUGCGAGGAAUAAUUUUCAGCUAUAGAUUGUUAUGGCCUUGUUGACAAUCAUCCACCCAAUAAUUAUCAGCCCAUAUGGUAUGCAAACAGACAGUCAAAUCAUACCCUCUAUCUAAGAAUGAAAGGAAAUGUGUGGAAUAUUCAAAUGUGUAGGAAACCUGAGUUCAGAGCAUUUACACCUCAUGAACUGUCUUCGUGUAUUCAUUUCAAACAUUCUCCUCAGAACACAUUCAUCUUGAGGAGGAGCUGCUGCUCCAGCAGCACUUAUUUACUGCCAACCUACUCACCAGGUAACUGCCUACAGCAACCAGACUCACCAUCUGGCACAGACUACUAUUCGAACGGGACUUUCUGUCACUGGUAGCACUUAGAAAUAAAGGGGUCGGAAAAAUUGCGUAAUGAUACUGAAUGUGGAAGCAAGUGUAUCUGUUUAUGUGGAUGAAAAUAUUGCUUGUUUCACUGCAAAUGGUAAAACACACUGGUGACUUUGGUUUAUGCAUUUAACCUUAUAUCUGUGUAUGUUGUCACGUUCUGAGGGCAGCACUCAGUGAGUUUUCUAUUCCUGUAAAUGAAUGACGUGUGUGUGUGUGUGUGUGUGUGUGUGUGUGUGUGUGUGUGUGUGUGUGUGUGUGUGUGUGUGUGUGUGUGUGUGUGUGUGUGUGUGGCACAUGCAUGCUACUGUGUUACAGCGUGCGUGAUGUAUAAUAUCGCUUUUCCAUGGAUAACAGUCUAUAAUUCUGAUGUCUCUGAGAUACAAGAUCUUUUUCUUUCUUCCAGAGAACAUUUCCACGUCUUAGGUUUAUCAUAACUUGCAUCAAGUUUUGAGGUUGCAAUGUGUCAGCUUUCCACGUGUAGAUAUUUUUGUUGUACUUUGUAAAUAACGGCUUGACUUGAGAGCAGACGCGUUGAGGUCAGGGGUGAGGGCUCGACCACAAUCAGCCCCGCUGCAUUAUGGGUCGGAGGGCGUUGUGUGAGAUGAGACUAUUUACAGUUUUCACUCUUUCAUUUGCUGUGAAAUUUCUUUUAUUUCUUUCAUUUUUUUUUUUUUUUUACUUGUCAGGUGAAUUUGCUAGCUCAAAUGUUUAGCCUAUCAGGUAUCAAAGGAGAUUAUUUAACUUGUGACAGAGCUCUUGUGACACCUGUAUUGUUUCUGUCUCUGACAGUUCAUGCACCUUUUUCUGUAUUUUUUAUAAAAAGGCACACACUUAAACAGGAUGUGUAAUUUAAAACACAUCUGUGCAUCUAGUUUACGACAGCAUCUGGUAUCUGAAGGCAGCAUGUUGUACCAAACUAGACAUCAGGUGAAACUGACAUGCUUUUAAGAGUGUGCACCUAAAAAAAACAACUAAAAAAGAAAAACUGUAUUUUGGAGCAUACAGAAGGAUGGCCGGCAUGGACCGAUAAACGGACUGGCACAUUGGAGUGUGAAUACCCUGAAAACAAUGUAGUGACUGGUGAACAUACAGUAAGAUAUACAGUAUAUGAUAUGAUAUGACAUUCUGGUUAAUGUUGAAGCUACAUGAGAAGCAUGAAAGGCUGUCGAAAUGGUUUACUCUACAAUAUAAUAUUGGAAAAUAUUUUGUAUUUGAAAUGAAGUUUAAAAAAUAUGAAAUAA